GUGGACUGUUACCGAGGCUGCUGACGGAGGAGGGAGGGACACACAGUCCGGAUGCUCCUUCAUGAGGAGAAGAGCAGUACAUCAACGAUUACAAUGCGGUGCCAAAUGUUUCUAAUUUGGUAAUUCGGCAGGAUGCUGUUUGGAGAGGAAAACGCAUAUGAAAUAAACGUGGGUGGGAUCCCGACUGCAUUCGGACUCGGAUUUAUGACAAAGAAACCGACGAGCUACAUUUAGAGAAAUAUUGGAAGUAUAUCUGGAUUCUGCACAAACUGGAUGGGCUCUUGUACGGGAUGGACGCGUCGUCCUUGCGUCUUCGGAAGGGAUUGUAUCGACAUUUCUCCCUCCAAGGGUCUCACGUUCAAUUCCAAGUACUUACGGAGACAAUAUUGGACCCUUCGAGCAUUUCCUAUUCUAGAUGUGUUUUUGUGGGCUCGUUUUGGAUAAAUAAAUAAAAAUAAUCAACUUUAUUGAUGAUCCAUGCAGAACGGAAGGUCUUUUAGGGGGGGAUUUCAACGAUGUAUCGACUCGAGUGAGCCGCUUGCGAUAAAGAAUCGGAAAAUCGGUAUAUCAUUCUGCAUUUGGAUGAGAUUCUCCUGGUCCAUUUAAUACAUUUAUUGUUUUGAAAGUAUCGUAUGUUACAUUUAUACAAGUGAGAAUAUUAUUGAGGGACUUUGGAACCAGAGUAGGAGAUCUGGACGACAUCAUCAUCAUCAUCAUCAUCAUCAUCAUCAUUUCUGAAGAUCUUGGACAUCUUUGUGCUGCUCUGAACUUGGGAAUCGUUUGGAUGCUCCGGGACGGAGGUGGCAUUGCUCCAGUUACCCAGAAGUCCUUGAUUAGACAGGAGAUGCCCUUCUGAGAUGACUGACACAGGAACAAACUUCAUAUCUGGACCAGGAAGCUGAUGCAUCAUGGAGAGGCUGGUGUUUUAUGUCUUGGUGUUUGGCGCUCUGGUGAAGGCACAACACUGUCCUGGUCGAUGCAUCUGUCAGACCAUCUCACCGACACUUACGCUCCUCUGUGCCAAGACUGGACUUCUGUUUGUACCACCAACCAUUGACCGCAGGACCGUAGAGCUACGCCUGACCGACAACUUCAUCACUGCUAUACGAAGGAAAGACUUCUUAAACAUGACGAGUCUGGUGCACCUCACUCUGUCACGCAAUACUAUCAGUCAGAUCGAUCCGCACGCUUUUGAGGGACUCAAGUCUUUGAGAGCGCUACACAUGGAUGGAAACCGUAUAGCUGUCAUUAAUAGUGACCAGUUGAAGGGUUUGAUCAGCCUGAGACACCUUAUACUGGGCAAUAAUCAAAUUCAGCAAAUUGAACCAUCCUCCUUUGAUUUGUUUGUAUCCACUAUUGAGGACUUGGAUUUGUCCUACAAUAACUUGAGAACAUUACCUUGGGAGGCCAUAGCCAAGAUGACCAACAUAAACACGUUGACUUUGGACCACAAUUUAAUCGACCACAUUGGCGUAGGGACCUUCACGCUCCUCACAAAGCUGGUACGAUUGGAUAUGACAUCAAACCGCUUGCAGACGUUGCCCCCUGACACGCUAUUCCAACAUGCCCAAGUGUUGUCCGACCCAAAGAUGUCCAGCUCGUCAACGCUGACGGUGAGUUUUGGUGGCAACCCUCUUCACUGUAACUGUGAGUUACUCUGGUUACGUCGGUUGACGAGGGAAGACGAUCUCGAGACUUGUGCUUCUCCAGAUCAACUGAUGGACAAAUAUUUCUGGUCCAUCCAGGAGGAGGAGUUCAUCUGUGAGCCGCCUCUUAUUACCAAACACCUGGUCACCAAACCCUAUGUCAUGGAAGGUCAGGGGUUGACUCUAAAGUGCAAGGCGAUGGGCGACCCGGAGCCCACAAUUCACUGGCGUUUUCCAGACGGCAAGUUGGUGCACAAUAAUUCUCGUACAAUCCUCUACGACAACGGUACUCUGGAAAUCCUCAUAACCACUUUGAAGGACAGCGGCGCCUUCAAUUGUGUCGCCUCUAAUGCAGCUGGAAUCGCAACAGCUGCCGUGGAGGUCAAUAUGAUUCCAUUGCCGUUGUUUGUGAACAACACAGGUCACAUGAGGGAGGCAGACCCGGGACUCUCUGACAUCACCACCUCGACCAAAUCUGGAAACAAUGACACGAAGUCCCAGAACAAGAGAGUGGUUGUUGAGGAACUGAGCGCCAACUCUGCUGUGAUCCACUGGCCAUCGGAACGCCACAUCCCUGGAAUAAGAAUGUAUCAGAUUCAGUACAACAGCACUGUAGACGACACCCUGGUGUACAGGAUGAUUCCCUCUGCAAGCAAGACGUUCAAGAUAAACGAUCUGGCUGCUGGUCGCGAGUACGAGCUGUGCGUGUUGGCCGUGUACGAUGAUGGCAUCACAUCUCUCACAGCGACGCGAGUGGUGGGGUGUGUUCAGUUCCACACGCCGGUGGAGGCCGGUCAGUGCCGCUUCAUCCACAGUCAGUUCCUUGGUGGAACCAUGAUCAUCAUCAUCGGCGGAAUAAUCGUCGCAUCCGUCCUCGUCUUCAUCAUCAUCCUCAUGAUCCGAUACAAGGCAUACAGUGGGGUUGGCGGGGUGAAGGCGAAAGCUCGCGAUGGCAUGCACGAGCACCCUCAGACAAACGGAAGCAGACUCGGGCGUUCCGGUUCGAAACAGCCGCUACAUUCGCAACCGAGCGAGGAACGACCCUGUCGCAGCGAGUCGCCCACGAUGAAGGACUGCAAGGCUCUGGUGCUUCUACAGAUGGAGGAAUCGCAGGAGGAGCUGAAGGUGGAACUCCCGCCACUUUGCGAAGGGAAAGUGCCACCCUCUAGGCGAGCCAGUUUGGGCGGGCCGCCCUCAGACGACACGCAGACGGACAGCAGCCUCACAGGCUCCACCAUGUCUCUGUGCCUGAUCGGGCCGAGCACCGGUCCGACGGAACCGCUGCGACUCAAGGACAGCAAGGGGGCGCUGACAAACAUAAGCCUGCUGCCCAGUGAGCUCGCCCGGACUCGGCACCGGUUCUCGUUCGACGGAGACUAUGCUCUGUUCCAGAGUCACAGUUACCCGAGACGGGCUCGAACCCGGCGACACAAAUCCACCACGCAGCUGAACACGGACGCGUCGCCCCCUUGCAAUCGCAGGGUGACGUUCAGCAGCACAGAGUGGAUGUUAGAGAGUACGGUGUGAUGGACGACUACACCACAUAAACACACGCUUGUGCAGACAUGGAAGCCAACUCCUACACACAUUUUGACAUGUCUAUAUAUAGACGUUGUUGCAGUCUCAUAUUGAUCCCUACAUCUGUUUUGACGCUCUGUUUCAAAAUCUAGUGAGCUGCCUACUUAGUAUUUUAAGGCUUCAUUUUCAAGCAUAGUAAAUAUAAUCAUUUGUUGCAUAACGUGAGAAAGGUGCCGAUACGCUCAUAUUUUAUUCAGUAAUCUAAUUAAUCACAAUAAAUCGCAUAUAUCAAUACUUGCAUAUAGAGAAAGGCCCCCAAAUAAAGAUAAUUCAGUAUAUAUUAAUUAAACAUAAUUACAUUGAUUUAACGUGUUAAUUCAGUGCAAUUAAUUAUAUAUAAAAAAUGUAAUAAUUAAUCAUGUCCCUGGAUCGUAAUCCGGAAGAUUCCAGAGCAAUUCAAGCUUGCCCCCAGGGGGCAGUAAGCGAAACUUCAGCUGUAUAGGCAACGAGCAGCUUAUACAGAGAGCAAACCGACUCUUUUCAGCAGACAGCGCAACACAAGGACGUAUCCACAGAUUGAUGGAGCACAAAUAUGUAUUUAGGGAUCUCAAGAUAAAUAUUAUACUAUGUUUAGCUUUAAACAGCGACCUAAGAAUGGUAAGUUAUGACUCGACGCAACCAAAAGCGAGAUGCUACAAAAGUGUCUGAUGCAGGUGUACUUUGAUGCAUCCUUAUAAAAGCCCUUGUAAUAAAUCACAGACAAAAUUGAUUGAUGUGAACUUUAGUCCAAUGGUUGUCCUAUGUUCAAUAAUAUGGUAAAUAAAAAGUACUUUCUACACUGUGAUUUUAAGUGGACGAAUGUAGAGAUGCCACUUCUCGGAGCAGGUGGCGUGUUGUAGCGUGCGUUAAAGUAAAGUUACUGUCAACAUGCUCAAAUUACCGCUAUAAUACUUUAGUAUCAAAUCUGCCCACUUUUAACGAAAAAUAUCAAAACGAUUCCAGUCGGUCUCCAAAUAUUUUUGGGAUUGUUUCCAUCCACGUAUGUUUUUGCAAACUUUGGGAUAUCUCAUUAAAAAUGCUGAAUGAAAACGCCAAGAUGCUAAAAAUCUCCAAAAUGCACAUUUUACGAUAACUUGAGGUGGAUGCAUUUUUUUAUUCGAUAAGAAGAGAUGCACACAAACUAUGUUACCCAAGAAUUUAUAUCAAAUAAGUCAUGUGACUUUGCCUCAACGUGCCAUGAGAAUACAUAAUUGGCUAACUAUGACCUCGCCGAUAAAUGCAUCUGUUACCGAUCGCAAGCAUACAUGAGGUUCGUGAGAGCGUUUUGUCUGCACGCUCUAAACCACAAGUAGUUCAUUUAAUUAAACAAAAGUGCCACUGUGGCUACAACCAGGGCUGGACUGGCAAUCUGGCAUACCGGGCAUUUUCUCGGUGGGCCGACGCACUUUGGGGCAGACUGGCCAGGGAGAGAACCGAGCGGGUCGGUGUGUUGGCCGCGAAACGUGCCGGAUGGGCCGCAAUAAGCAAAAACAAGCCGCCGCGUUACGCAGAACAGAGAACAAAACGGCGCCGCGAUAUGCAGAAAAGGACAGCGAACACCCCCCUCAACUUUUGGGCCAGUUGCCAUGUAAAAUCCCGGGCCGAUUUCUCUUCCCAGUCCCGACCCUGGCUACAACCAUGUGCCAUUUUGUGCCAAUUGCCCAGAAAGUGACGAUUUUGACACAUGCUUUACAUAAUCCAAAACAUUUUUGCCGACUUUCGGAUUUCCACUUAAAAGAACAACAAGACAGCUCACUAGGUUUUGAAACAGAGCUUGUUCUGUCAUAUUUUAGGAGCUUUCCUCGCGUCCUCUUUCAGUCCUAGAGAGAGUCAGUUAUCUGCCCUUUUCUGUAAUGCAGCGGUGCCUUAUCAAACACACCAACCAAUGGAGGAUGCUGCUUCCUGUGGUCACACAAACACAUACAUCUGUCAGCACUGGUCUUCACGUCUCUGGAUAAAGUAGGAUGCUGUAUGUUGCAAUCUUUCCUUUCGUUUAUUUUGUUUACAAUGUGAUGCCAAGGGAGCAACAGGAAGAGGAAGUGACUGAGUUUCAUACAAAACGUCGAUGAUCGCAGUAAAUAAACUCAUGAGCGUGUGUGUGUGUUUAUGUCGAAUACUUUUAAAGACUUUUGCACAGAAGACACGAGAUGUAUACGAAUACAUAUUGCACCAGUCUAUAUGACAACAAAGAAAAAAAAAACAUUUCAAAUUAGAUCUAUCCAAAUAACAUUUGUUAUUUCAGGAAGAACGGACCAGGUUUUGUACGAGGACGUCUCGUGACUGGAUGCAGGACUGUUUCUAAACCAGUAUUGUGCUAAUGUGACUGUAUCCUCAAAAUUGGUUUUGUAUCUGGCUGGUCUAGAUGAAAAAAAAAAAAAAAGUUAAAAAUUAAAAUAAAGAAAAAGACAAUUACGACAACAGCGACCACAAAUACAUAUAUAAGUAUAUUAAAAAUCUCAGUGUAUGUGUUAUAAAUAUGUAAGUCAUAAGUGAAAUGACUUUUUACGAAACAUUUGUAGUGUUGGCGUUUGGUUUUUAUAUUAAAAGCCACUGUCAUCACGAAUCCCCACGUUUAGGAUAUUACAGUUUGGUCCAUUCAUGCCUCAUGAUAGGGGAUUAAACG